AUGGAAAACAUCAGGAUUCCUUCUCCGUCUGCUAUUCUAGACCCUCCUGCCGCCCCGUCUUCUGGGCGUCUCACGGUUGCCGACUCCACACAAAAUGCAGCGCCUGUGCAGACCUCUACGACGGUGACAACUAACAAGCCCAAACAGUCAAAGAGCCGUAAUGGUACCUGCAAAAAGCGCAACGUUGAAUGUGGAGGAUACAAAAAGGACUUCAAGUGGCGUUCAUUUGGAGAGAACAACAUCCCGGGGAGAGGUCUUGCGCCAAGGGAAAAGAAAGGAAGCCUGUCGCCACCCGCUUGCAGCACGACUUCGCACAGCUGCGGGCCUGCAGAAAGCCAGAACACUGCAAUGGAAACAGUUGUGCUUUCUCAUUCCCAGCGAAGCUCACCACGAGAAGUCUCUUCCAGACGUUCAGGUCAUUCGCCGGCGAAGAUAGACCUUGGGCUCUCACUGGAUCAGAUCCUCGGCUACUCGGGUUCUGGAAGCUUCAGUGAUGAUUUCUUUGCAUCGUCGUUGGCGGAAACUAACUCUUCAGGGCAGUCCCCAUGGUUUCCGAAUACAAUGCUUACUCCAAGUACUGGCAGUGAUAAUACACUGAACCACAGCCUGCUAAAUGGGCCUCGGGAAAAUGAUGAAUUCAGUUUUGAGACUCUGCUAGAAGGCGACGGCGACGACAUUGAGGAAAUUAUACGACAGCCUGAUCGGCCUACACGGACGAGGAAUCCAACCUUCACAGGGCAAUCUGUCACCCAACUUUCCGAGCAAAGCAUUAUGCCCCCAAGUUCGCUCGCGAGACCGGCCCUCAGCAUCGGAAAUCCAGAAAUGCUCGUUCUGCACUUUGAUCGGUCCACAUGUGGCAUUCUAUCUGUGAAGGACGGUAUUCACGAGAACCCUUGGCGGACCUUGGUCUGGCCGCUGGCCAAAGACACCCCCGCUCUUUAUCAUGCAGUAUUUGCUCUCGCCGCUUUUCAUGCGAGCAAAGACAAUCCCUCCUUGAGGGUCCUCGGAGUAGACCAUAUGAGACAGAGCAUUACGUGCAUGGUGCAAGAUAUUCAGAGCAUGAGGACAGAUGCCGCGUUGGCGACAAGCCUAGCUCUGGCUUUCGCCGAUACCUGGGACCAACACACUCGGUCUUGCAUACAGCAUCUGCGGGGAGCAAAGGCAUUGGUAGCUCAAGUCGUGGGACUCGGGAUGCAAGGCGGCCUUCAGGGGACCGAUCUUAGGAGGGUGCGGUUCUUGUAUAACACCUGGCUCUACAUGGAUGUCAUCGCCCGCCUAACAUCUCGCGAAGAACAAGGUGAUCAAGAGAUUGAAGUUCCUUCCUUUCCAUUUCCACAGGGAACAGUGCAUGAAAUUGAUCCUUUGAUGGGAUGUGCUGCCACUCUCUUUCCGCUCAUCAAUCAAGUUGCUCGAUUGAUCCAGCGUGUCCGCAAAACAGAGUCAAAUUCAAUUUCUCUCAUUUCUGAGGCUAUCGAACUCAAGCAAUUGGUGGAGCAUUGGGAGCCACCGGACUGGUUUGAACCUCCAGAGGAUCCCACCUCUGAAGUUCAGCAUAGUAUACAGACAGCCUACGCUUACCGCUGGGCGACUGUGUUGUAUCUUCACCAAGCUGUCCCUGAAAUGCCGUCGGAGCCAACACAGGAUCUGGCGAAACGGGUACUGGUUCUCUUGGCCACGGUUCCACCGAGCUCCCGUACCACAAUUAUUCAAAUGUUUCCGCUCCUGGUUGCGGGCUGUGAGGCGGAGCAAGCAGAAGACCGAGAUUGGGUGCUUAGACGUUGGAGCGCAAUCCAAACCCGGCUGAUGCUGGGCUCUAUUGACCGCUGUAUUGAAGUGGUUCGUGAGGUUUGGGCUCGCCGGGAUGCGAGCGUAGCUCAAGAACGGCAACAGCAGCAGCUUCAGGCGGCUAGCCGCUCUCGCAAUAACGCUGGGCAAACUCUGGGCAUGAAUAAAGUAUUCUACACUGGCCGUGGUCCGGUAGCUUCUUCGCGACGAAGUUCUGCAGUUUCACCUCUGGGGAAUAUCGAUUUCGAUAAAACAGUUCGUGGCAAGGCACACUGGGCACAUGUGAUGCAGGAAUGGGGCUGGGAAGGUAUAGUUAUCAUGCCCUUGUAA